AUGGCGGGGCAGGGCGACCGCUGCUACACAUACACCGAGCUCCUGGCCAUCGCCCGGCGCUUCCGGCAGAACCCCAACGAGCUCAUGAUCACCUGGAUCCUGCGGGUGUAUGACCAGGGGGGCCUGGCUCUGGCCCUGAAUUCCAGGGAGUUGGUGAUGCUGGGCGACCUGACCGGCGAUGCCGUCUUCAACUACCGCUGCAAGGCCCUGCGGGGUGACGGCAAGACACUGCUGGCCUGGCUGCUGCUGGCCUGGCGCCAGCGCUGGGAGUCCUUCCUGCACUUUGAGGGCACCGAGCUGCCCUUCCGACCCUGGACCACCAUGGAGGAGGGCAUCCAGCUGGUGCGAGAGCUGGGCAUGCUUGACUGGAUCUACCGCGAGCCGCCGCCACUGCUCCCCGAGCCCGAGUGGCUGGUGCCCGAGGACGUGCCCUUCACGCAGGGCCUGCAGCGGCGCCUACUGGCGGCCGCGCCCUCCGAGCUGCGGCUCUCGCUGGUCGGCCUGCUGGUCAAGGGCGUGACGGUGCUGGAGGCGGUGAUGGUGAUCCAGACUGUCGCGGACGUGGGCCUGCUCUGGCGCCAGAGCCAUCCGGGCCGCGCCAGGCUCAUGCUGGGGCCCAACCCGACGCGCAAGGACCUCAUGGGCUGGCUGCUGAGCCACGGCAUGCCCAAGGAGCGGGUGGACAGGCAGCCCACCAAGGUCCUCCUGGAGCUGUACAUCCAAGAGGCCAGGCGCAGCCACACCCGCGACACGUUUGGGCCGGGAGAGGAGCAGCCCCCUUGCCCACCGUACUCCGACCAAGCCUGUGGGGCGGAGCCACCCGUGCGCCAUGACUAG